UAGCACAGUUUGGGUUUCACUUCGUAAUUGCCACAAACGCUUUUUACGUUCCACAUAGUUCGAUUUUUUACUUACUCUUUAAAUUUUCUCGGUGUUAUUUAAAUCAGCUGUUUAUUAUUUUAUAAUUCGAUCCUCGCGUUGAAAAAGUAUUAUUUUCUAUUAUUUUUUACGGUAAUAUUAAAAUGGUGCUUUGUUUCGUGUACAAUUCGAUUUUCAAAUUUAAUUCGGUUAAAAAUAAAUUCACGCAAUUUAUCAACAAAUAACUCGACAUUCCGUAUUAUUACGUAUACGCGAGGUGGUCUGUGAUCCAACUUUCGUAAUAAAAGACAAUAUUAUUUUUCAUCCGUUGAAUUUUCGUCGUUCGUCGCGUUAAAGUUCAACUUUCGUGUGUGAACGUUACAUAGAAAAAACAGCAGCGUCGAAGGCAAAGUGGAUUUUAGAAGAAAAUUAUCCUUCAUCCUGGAAUUUCUUCUGUCAAAAAAUCACCGAUUAGUUGUAAUGAGGAGAGUUGAUUUGCAAUCCUUGAUCAAACACACUUCUUCAGAUCACUUCUCAGAAUAUUCAACUGUCGUUGAUAAGGUUACCAUAACCAUACCUAUAACUAACUUGUAGCCUAGAAGCUCGCAGUAUCUCCUCGCAACAUAGAAAUUCUCCUUCAUUGGCAUAUCCAUCCAUAAACACGCAAAAUGGCACCUACCAGCUCGGUUAUGGAAUUUAGAAAUCGUAAAGAUUCCGAAUCCGACGAAGACGAAUUCAAGUAUUUGAACUUGAAUGAUUCGCCUACCAAAACAGGACCACGUCGUUUUGGACCCCUCGUCGUGAUAUUUGUUGGUUUACCAGGAAGAGGCAAGACAGUGUUAGCCCAUAAAUUGGAACGUUAUUUGAUAUGGACAAAUAGAAAAGCUCAAGUUUUCAAUGUGAGUUCGUACCGUCGCAAGCACAUUGAAUCUUACGACAGCCACGAUCUAUUCCGAGUCGAUAACAUCGAGGCGUUCGAGAUUCGUCAACUCAGCAUUCAUGAGGCGCAACAAGACGCAGUGAAAUGGCUUAAAUCAGGCGGCGAAGUAGCGAUCAUGGAUGGUCCACACGCCACGAAUGAUAUACGUCAAAAUGCUUAUAAUUAUUUCUGGAAGAAGAACGGGUACAAGGUGUUAUUUGUGGAAUGUCUGUGCGAUGAUGAAGAAUUAUUAGAACGGAAUGAAAAGGAGAUACUGCAAUUUAGCAAAGACUACCGCCAAAUGAGUACGGAAAAAGCGUCCAUAGAUUUUCAUUAUAAAAUCGAGCAUUACAAGGAACAGUACGAAUCUAUGGAUUCUAAAAUUGAACCGGAUCAUGGUUUCAUCAAGGUUUUUAAUGGCGGUCAGAGUUUAUUAGCACAUCGUUUAGAAGGUCCAACCGCCAGAGAUGUGCUACAGUAUAUUUCGUGCUUGAAAACGGAGGAAAAGACGUAUUAUUUCUCCAGGCACGGAGAAAGCGAGAACAACAUGUUAGGAAAAAUUGGCGGAGACGCGAAUUUAUCAGCUCGAGGUAGGAUGUACGCGGCUGCAUUGGCUCGUUACUUCAACGAAGCCGAUAUACCCGAUUUUCGCGUCUGGACCAGCGAAAAGAAACGUACUAAGCAAACAGCUCAAGAGAUCGACGCUCCCAAGGAACAUAUAACCGCUUUAAAUGAAUUGGACGCAGGUGUAUGCGAAGGACUGAGCUACGAAGAGAUGCAGGAACAGUAUCCGCAAGAGUUCGCUUGGCGUGAUCAGGAUAAACUGCGUUAUCGUUACCCUUGGGGCGAAUCAUACGUCGAUAUAAUGACUCGUCUGCAUCCAGUUCUCACCGAACUAGAAUCAGAGAAUAAUCUUCUAGUCAUUAGCCAUCAGGCAGUACUCAGAUGCAUUUUGGGAUAUUUUCUCAAUAAAAGAAUUGACGAACUUCCAUACAUAAACGUACCACUACAUACAAUUAUCAAGUUGACCACAUACGGAUAUAAAUAUAAAAUGGAAAUCAUCAAAUUGAACGUAGAAUGCGUCGACACAUACCGUAAAAAACCACAGAACUGCUCAGUCACUCGAGCACCAGAUGAUGCUUUGAAAACGGUACCAUCUCAUUUUGAUAAUUUGAAACCAGCGUGGAUUUGUACAGCUCCAUUGAUACCUCAGCAUUAAAAUGUAUGCGACAAAAUCUGUAAACAGAAACAAAAAAAAAUGGAUGUGUUGGUUAAUUUAAAAUAUAGGUACGCGAAGAGAAUAAAACUCAAUUAAUACGAUAACCUUAUAUAUAGUUAGUAGAGGGUAUAGCCUCUUUAAAUUUAUAUAAGUUGUAGUAUUUUUUAAAACGCAUUUUAACACAUGGCAUCUUCCAAAAAAAAAAAACAGAAUUUUUAAAUUUAUAUAUCUUAGCGAUUUGUCAUUUGUUUUUUUUUUCUUUCGUUGGUUGUUAUUAUUACCCGAUCUUCCGUAUUUUGUUUUUUGUUUUUUUGUACCUGUACAAAUUUUUAUUUUAUUAGUAGCUCGUUUCAGCAUUUCAGAUUUCUUUACCUAUAGUCGUUUUGUAAAAACGAGCACUGUAAAAUAAUACCUAAUACAAUAAUAACGGCGUUGCAGGUUAAAUGAGCGUACAAAUUUACGGGUAUAUAGUUUUUAAUUUGGAGAUAUUAUUUGCUGGACCUUAAUGUACUGUAUAAUAUUACAUCAUUCCUAUAUAAUUUUUCAAGCGAAUGUAUUUUAUAUUACAUUACAGAAGAAAGCAAUAAUUUAUAUUUUCAAGUUGAAAAUUAUUAUCUCGAAAUUGUAACUAGAUUAUACCGCAGCAUGCUUUUAUUAUACUUAUACGUUCUACGUUGUGUUUUUAUACCUAUGAAUUUGGUCGCCCCUAUAUGUUUGUAAGUUUGUUAAAGCUUAAUCAGUUUUGUUCUUGUUUCAUACAUAUAACUCGAGUGAAUGAGACUAUAAUUAUACAUUCUUCCCAGUAUAAUAGGAUAACAAUUAUUAUCGUUUCUUUCUUAUUUUUUAUGUGUACUACUACGUAGAUGGUAAUAAUUUUUAUACAAUUGUGGAAAAUAUCUCUACAUAAUGUAUCUGCAUUCAGUGAGUGUAUUUUUUAAGUUUACUGUUGAUCUGUAUCCAAUUUUUCUUUUUCUUUUUUUCUAGUUAUAGUUUUUAGUAGUUUGAUAAAAAAAAAAAAAUAUGUUUUAUAUGAAGUGUUAAGAAUUACUCUUUAUAUAUGGUUAAUUGUUCGCUAAAAAAAGAAAUAAAAAAUUUAGAAUUCAA